UCACUCCCUGCGGCCCUGACGGCCUGGGGAGGGCGCCCCCUGCUGCCCGCGCCCGGCGCUGGUCGUUGCUGGGGGGGAAGUGGGUUGUUGGGGGCGGGGGGGGAUUGUGCAAAGUGGAAACCGCGUCUCUUUGGGCGCCACAUCCUGUGACGUGGGGGGCGCGGGGGGGCAGGCGCCAGCCAAUGGGGCGCUGGCAGGAAGGGCCGUGGUGGGGCAGCCAGGGCCCCGACCGGGGCGCAGCAGAGGGGCCAGCCAGGAGCCGCGGCCAUGGCUAGUUUGGAGAGUGAGGGGGCGGCAGGGGACGAGGCCCAGCUGGGCCCCCCCAGCCCAGCUUCCUUGGGGGGCUCGGCCCCCAAGACCGACCCCCUGGUGCCCGCAGACGAGGCCGUUGCAGAGAGGGACCCCGGGGGUGUCCCGGUGGGACGGGACUGGAGCAGCAGCGACCCCCCCGUCCCGGACGGAUCCGACGCCCCCACACCGACAGAGGCCGACCCCCUGGACCCCUUCGACCGGGAGCGUCUCUUCGACCUGCUCUUCCGCUCCCAGAGCCGGCGGCUGAACGAGCAGCGCUGCCCCCUGCCCGGCCUGCGGGGGGCGCCCCGCCACGACCCCGCCCGGCCCUGGCGCUCGCUGCCCGGGACCCCCACCGAGGGGCUGCUGGGGGCCGCUGGGAAGUUCUGCUCGCUCACCUCGCUGCAGGCUGAGCAGUUCUUCGAGCUGGUGGCCACGGCCCAGGCCCGGCGGCUGGACGACCAGCGGGCCGACUUUGCGGGGGACCCCGGGGCCGAAGAGGGGGCCAAGGGCCCCCCGGAGCCCCCUGACCAGGGGGAGGAGCUGUACAGCACCAUCCUCACCCAUCAGAGCCAGCGGCUGGAGGAGCAGCGCAGCGACCCCCCCAUCCCGCUGGGGGCCCAGGAGCUCUUCGACCUGCUGCUGCGGGUGCAGGGGGGACGCAUGGAGGAGCAGCGCUCGGAGCUCCCCCCCGCCCUGCUGCCCCACCCCUGCUGAGACCCCCCCAUGGGCAGGGGAAGGGGGGCCGAGGCCAGGCCCAGCUCGCUGCAGGAAUGGGGCAGACACCAGCUGAAAGUGAGGGGGCCUCGUUCCCUCCCCAGCCCCCGCUGACGGCUGAGAACGGACACAACUCACUGCAGGAAUGGGGGUCCCCCGCUCCCCUGCUACACCUGGGGGCUGGGAAUGGACACGGCUCACGACGGAAAUGGGGGUCCCCCGCCCCCCUGCUACACCUGGGGGCUGGGAAUGGACACGGCUCACGACGGAAAUGGGGUCCCCCCAGGAUCCCCCAGCUGACGCCACUGGCUGAGACUGGCCCCAACUCGCUGCAGGCUCUGGGGGGCCUGGGGAGCUCAGUGCACGGACGGGGGACCCCAGCCACGUCCCCCCCAACCACAGCAACGACCAGGGGCUGAGCCCAGGCCGAACCCGCUGCAGGAAGGGGGAACCCCCCC